GCCGACAACAUGGCGGCGGUGUUGCAGCAAGUGCUGGAGAAGGCCGAAUUGGCCAAGAUGCCAAAGGCCGUGCAGGCUAAGCUAGAGCGCUUCCUGGCCGACCAGCAGACAGAGAUAGACGCCAUGAAGUCGCGCCACGAGAAGUUUCGUGUGGACUGCGAUCAACAAUACUUUGAAGUAGAGAAGAGGCUGGCUCACACUCAGGAACGUCUUGUGUCUGAAUCACAGGAGUGUCAGAACCUCCGAGAGCAAAUUAAGAAACAAAAUGAAGAACAGAAAGCACUAAAUGAAAAACUGAAAGACAUUGAGAAAUCCAAUGAUCAGCUUGUGGCCUUACAGAACCAGCUGACUAGAACUAAAGAUUCCCUUGAAGCUGAAAAACGAGAUCUGGUUCGAGUGAAUGAAAGACGUGCACAGGAGUUGGAGCAUCUAAAUGAUGAUAUCAAGCGUCUUAGUGAUAAACUCAAAGAAGCAAACGUUUCUAAAGUAGAACUGCAGUUAAAGCUGGAUGAGAUUCAGUCUUCUGAAUUCUCUAUAAAGCAUCGUGAGAAACGCCUGGAACAAGAGAAGGAGCUGCUACAAAGUCAGACGACCUGGCUAAAUAAAGAGCUGAAGUCUAAAACUGAUGAGCUUCUAUCUAUUCAGAGAGAGAAGGGAAAUGAUAUUCUGGAGCUUAAAAGUGCCUUGGAAAACAAAAAAGAUGAAGUGUCUAGGUUAGAAGAUCAGGUAAAGAGCCUUAAAUCCUGCAAUGAGAACCUGCAAAGGCAAGCAGAAGACCUAAUGAAUAAACUAAAGGAGGCAAAAGAUCAGCAAACCAGUAUGGAAGAGAAAUUCCACAAUGAGCUAAAUGCAAACGUCAAGCUGUCUAACCUUUACAAGUGUGCUGCUGAAGAUUCAGAAGCAAAGAGUGCAGAGUUAACACGAGCAAUGGAGGAACUCCAGAAACUUCUCAAAGAAUGCGGUGAAGCAAAUACGCUAAUGCAGCAGCAGUUGUCUGAAGCCGAAGCAUCAAAAUGUCAGGUGGAAAAAGAUCUUGGGGAGAAAAUCGGCAAAAUGGAAAGAGAACUUGAAAACGCAAAUGAUUUGCUUUCUGCUACCAAACGGAAAGGGACCUUACUGUCUGAGGCUGAGCUUACUGCCAUGUCACCCACCGCUGCUGCUGUUGCCAAAGUUGUAAAACCCGGGAUGAAACUAACCGAGCUCUACAAUGCUUAUGUGGAAUCGCAGGAUCAGCUGCUUUUGGAGAAAUUAGAAAAUAAAAGGAUUAACAAGUAUUUGGAUGAAAUUGUAAAAGAAGUGGAGGCUAAAGCUCCGAUAUUGAAACGACAGCGAGAGGAGUAUGAGCGCAUGCAAAAAUCCGUAGCAAGCUUAUCUGCUAAACUUGAGCAGGCAAUGAAGGAAAUGCAACGUCUACAAGAUCAAUCCGAUAAAGCAAAUAAGCAAUCCACAUUACUUGAAAGAGAAAACCAAAGGCUAGAGCUGCAAGUAAAAGACCUUUCACAACAGAUAAGAGUUCUUUUAAUUGAAGUGGAAGAAGCCAGAGGAAACUACGUUGAGCGUGAUGAUAAUGUAAGCUCUGAUAACAUAAGCAGUUCUUCGGAGGUGAUAUCACGACAUCUCGUCACUUACAGAAGUGUAGAGGAACUGCAGAAGCAGAAUCUGCACCUGUUGGUGGCUCUGCAAGAGCUGGCAGAGUCAAAGGAGAAAGAAGAGCAAGAGACUUCGUCGUCAAGAAUUUCUGAGCUGGAAAGGGAGUUGGAAAUUGCACUUUCUGAACUUCAGCAGCUGCGUGAAACUAGAACUCAUCAAAUGCAAAUGGUAGAUUCAAUUGUGCGUCAGCGUGACUUGUAUCGUGUACUGUUGGCCCAGACAACAGGGGUCUCUAUGCCAGCGCAAGAUGACACAUCACUGAUAACUCCACGAAAACCUUCUGGGCCGUCUUCUACUAGCUCGACCCCAGCUCCAGCUGUAUCUACAUCAGACUCCACAGAAGCUGCGGAGGCCAAAGCUGCGCUGAAACAGCUUAAGGAAGUUUUUGAAAAUUACAGAAAAGAAAAGAAAGAAAAUGAUCGAAUUCUGAAUGAGCAACACGAGAAGCUGCAAGAUCAAGUUACUGAUCUGCGCUCCCAAAAUACCAAAAUUUCAACCCAGCUUGAGUUUGCAUCCAAACGUUAUGAAAUGCUCCAGGACAAUGUGGAAAGCUAUCGCCGUGAAAUAACAUCCCUGCAGGAAAAGACACAAAAACUUUCUGCGACCACACAAAAGCAGGAACAGAUUAUUCACACCAUGACCCAAGAUCUGCGGGCAGCCAAUGAAAAACUUGCUAUAGCUGAAGUAAGAGCCGAGAACUUAAAGCGAGAGAAGGAACUCAUCAAAAUGUCUGAGGUCAGACUAAGCCAAGAGCGAGAGUCUUUGAUUACUGAGCAAAAAGGACAAAACCUACUUCUAACUAACUUGCAGACUAUCCAGCUCACCCUGGAAAGAUCAGAGACUGAGAUGAAGCAUAGAUACAACAACCAAAUUGAGAAGUUGGAGCGAGAACUGGCCCAGACAAAGAAGAAACUAGAGCAUGAAAUUGAACAGAAGCACUUACAGAGCAAGAACCAGGAUGGCCAAGUGUUGGACCUCAAGAAACAAUAUGAAUCAGAGGUCAGCCUUCAUUCCAGCACAAAGGAGCUGCUAAAGAACUCCAACAAGGAGAUUUCUGUGCUAAAGCAGCAGCUGAACAAUUUUGAAGCACAACUUGCAUCACGUUCUAGUCCGCAGACCGCAAGUAAAGGAAAGGAUGAGAAUGCUGAUGAAGUCGAGGAGCUAAAGACAAAACUAAGACAAUCCGAAGAGCAAGUUAAUGAUCUUAAAGAGAGACUGAAAACUGCGACCAGCAACGUAGAACAAUACAGAUCGGUUGUGCUGGGCUUGGAGGAUUCGCUUAAUAAAGAAAAACAGGCCACUGAAGAAGCCAGAAAAGCCAUAGAAACUCGUAUGAAAGAAGCUGGAGAGUACCAGUCACAACUGGAAAAGAAAAUGUUGGAAGCUGAGAAGGAGAAGCAAGAACUUGGAGAUGAGAAACAUAAAGCUGUGGAAGCGAUAGAGGAGCAGUUAACGCAACUCAAGAAGAGUCUCUCCAGCCUCCAAGGAGAAAUGCAGCAAGCUCUUCAGAGGGCGACUGCAGCCGCAAACAAUGAGCAAAAGGCCAGGAAUGACUGCCAGGAACAAGCCAGGAUAGCUUCUGAGGCACAAAAUAAGUAUGAGCGCGAGCUAAUGCUGCACGCUGCAGACGUUGAAGCUCUUCAGGCAGCUAAAGCUCAACUAGCCAAUAUCUCCACCAUGCGGCAAAAGUUAGAGGAUGCGGCACAGAAAGCAGAAUCCCAACUCCUGGAGUGCAGAGCAUCCUGGGAGGAACAAGAACGUGUCCUCAAGCAAGAAGCGGCUAAGAACCAUGCUCGCUGUGAAGAAUUUGAGAAGCAAAACCACCUGUUACAUGAUCAGAUCGAGAACCUUAGUAAAAAGAUGGUGACCUCUGUUCAAGAAGGUGCCUUGAACAUAUCCUUCAGCGAGGAAGGGAAGUCCCAUGAACAAGUCAUGGAAAUCCUUAGGUUUGUGCGCCGUGAGAAGGAGAUAGCAGAAACAAGGUUUGAAGUUGCACAAGUGGAAUGCCUGCGCUACAAACAGCGUUUCGAGCACAUGGAGAGGGAAAUACAUGAGUUGCAAGACUGCCUGAAUGCUGAACGUGAAAAAGUUCAGGUAACUGCAAAAACGAUGGCCCAGCACGAGGAGCUGAUGAAGAAGACUGAAACCAUGAAUGUAUUGAUGGAGAGCAACAGGCUGCUGAGAGAAGACAAAGAAAAGCUGGAACAGGAGCUUCAGCAGUUACAAGCCAAGAUCAGAAAAUUGGAGUCUAAUAUUUUGCCGCUUCAAGAAUCCAAUGCGGAGCUGAGCGAGAAAAGCGGGAUGCUGCAGGCAGAAAAGAAACUUCUAGAAGAUGAUGUGAGACGCUGGAGAGCUCGCACACAGCACUUAUUGAAUCAGCACAAAGACACAGACAUGGAAGAAUAUAAGAAACUCCUUUCCGAACGAGACAAUAACGUCAAACGCAUCCAGCAACUUACUGAAGAGAUUGGAAAGCUGAAAACGGAGGUUGCAAGGACAAACGCAUCCCUGACCACCAGCCAGAACCAGCUUCAAAGUCUAAAAGAAGAAAUGAACAAAACAAAGGCUGAGAAGGAAAACCUCCAGAAAGACCUGGACACAAAGUCCAACGACAUCCAGGAAAAACUUAAAACUAUCACGCAGGUGAGGAAGAUUGGGAGAAGAUACAAGACCCAAUACGAGGAGCUGAAAGUGGCGCACGACAAGCUAGUUGCAGAGACCUCGGCAGCCCAAGCUGAAAAAGUAGAGGAUCUGGCAUCCCAAAAGGAGCUGCAGGACAUGAAAGACUCUCUGGGACAAGCGGAGACAAAGAAUUCAGUCCUGGAAAGUCAGGUGGAGAACUUGAAGAAGACAGUCGACGAGAAAGAAAAUGAACUCAAAAUCCUACACGAUCAGAUCGCACAACUACAACCUGAGGUCUCACGACUUCAGAAGGACCUUCAGGACAAGACGACCCAAGAAGAACAGCUGCGUCAGCAAAUUAAUGAGAAGGAAGAGAAGACCAAGAAAGCAUUAAUGGCGGUCAAGCAGAAACUAGCACAGCUAGCCGGUUCCAAAGAACAGUUAACAAAAGAGAAUGAAGAACUGAAACAGAGGAUUGCUUCAAUGGAACAGCAGAGAGAGGAGCUGGACGUUCGGAUGAGUGCACUGAAAUCCCAGUAUGAAGGACGCAUUUGCCGCCUGGAGAGGGAGCUGCGAGAGCAACAAGAGAGGCAUCUGGAACAGCGAGAUGAGGCUCAAGAACCUACAAAGAUUCCGGAGCAGCGACAGAUAACUCUGAAACCUACCACAGCAUCCGGGGAGAGAGGAAUAGCGAGCACCUCAGAGCCGCCAACAGCCAACAUUAAGCCCACUCCAGUUGUUGCAACUCCAAGUAAGGUGACCACCGCAAAUGUACCAGGGAACAAGUCCACACCCAGAGCCAGUAUCCGUCCUAUGGUUACUCCAGCGACUGCAUCAACUCCAACCACCACCCCAACAGCCACAGUCAUGCCAACAACACAAGUGGAGACCCAGGAAGCAAUGCAGUCAGAAGGAAUAAUGGAGCAUGUCCCUGUCUUUGGAAGCACCAGCGGAUCUGUCCGUUCCACCAGCCCCAAUGUUCAGUCGUCCCUUCCACAGAAUAUUUUACCUGUCCAGCAGCAAACACAAGCUACAGCAUUUGUGCAACCUACACAGCAAGCGCAUGCAACGAUAGAACCUUCCACCCAGGAGCCUAUUGUGGAUGUUAUCCAGAGCUCCCCUAUUGAGAGACCAACAACCUCCUCCUCAUUGUUCAGCUCAUUUUCCACUACACCGAGCUCUUCUAUGCCAAAGAGGCAGCGGGAAGAGGGUGAGGACAGCACUAUAGAAACCACCGAGCAAUCUCUGGAGGACUCGGAUUUACCUCUCAAUAAGAAAAUGAGGAGUAUUCAGCAGGUUGACCUAGAGGAGGAGAUUGAUAACGAAGAGGCAGAAUCUGCGUUUGCUCAGGAGUCACAAGAGGCCCUCUCACAGGAUUAUCCUCUUAUGGCGGAAAGUCAGAACUCCCAGAUCAUCCAGGACAUUACAGCCCAAUCUUCUGAUCAGUCCCAAAAUGUGCAGUCGUCGCAGGACACCGCUCCAGAACGAGAUGACGUCAUCACAAUAGACAGCAGUGACGAUGAAGAAAAUGAGGGCGAUCAAGAGGAAUUUGAAGAAGAUGAGGUGGAAGAUGACGAUGACACGGGUAUGGGUGAAGGUGACGACAGCAAUGAAGAAACUGGAAGCGCUGAUGGCAACGAUGCAUAUGAUGAGACUGAGGGAGCUGAUGGUACAGACCCUGGUACUGAGACGGAGGAAAGCUUGAGUGCAUCAGAUGGCGCACAGAGGGCGGCAGACUCUCAAAACAGUGGUGACGCAAGUACUGGCACAACGGAGUCCUCAUCUGUGCAAGAAACCAGAGAGCAGCCGUCAUCUGUGUCUGAUAGACAAGCUCCCCGACCCCCACAGUCGCCCCGAAGACCACCUCAUUCUCUUCCACCACGGCUCACCAUUCAUGCUCCCCCACAAGAGCUGGGACCCCCAACACAGAGAAUUCAGAUGGCACGCAGACAGUCUGUAGGGCGCGGCCUUCAGCUGACACCUGGCAUUGGGGGCAUGCAAAGCUUUUUCGAUGAUGAAGACAGAACCGUUCCCAGCACACCCACCCUUGUGGUGCCUCACCGUACAGAUGGCUUUGCAGAAGCAAUUCACUCACCGCAGGUUGCAGGAGUUCCUCGCUUUCGAUUUGGACCCCCAGAUGACAUGCAGGCUAGCUCUAGCCACUCUGACCUUGGUCAGCUUGCAUCGCAAGGAGGUUUAGGUAUGUAUGAAACUCCUCUGUUUCUCGCGCAUGAAGAAGAGUCAGGUGGCCGCAGUGUUCCGACGACACCUCUACAAGUUGCAGCACCAGUCUCGGUGUUCACAGAGAAUCCUGCAGCAGACACCUCUGAUCACGCAUCGCAGUCUGUUCCGAUGGUUACAACCUCCACAGGGAAUGUUCCUACAGCAGUGGACUCUGGGGUAGCUGAUGAAGGCGAUGAGGUUUUCGUGGAGGGUGAAUCUGAAGGAAUUGGUUCGGAGUCCGCACUAGAGAUGGAUAGUCAGCAGGAGGAGGAGAUAGUGCAGCCGUCUGAGACGGACGUCCCAUCGACGAGCCAGGACCCUCCUUCCAGCUCAUCUGCAGACACAAGCAGUAGCCAUCCAAAGCCAUUCAGGAGAGUGCGUUUGCAGCCCCAGACUGCACGGACUGGGGUUCGUGGGCGACAGUUUACCAGACAAAGAGGAGUAACUCGUGCGUUGAGUGGCAGAGGUGGAAUUAAUCGGAGUAACAUUAGCUAACAUCCUUGCGCGUCUAUUUCCUCCACUUGUGAAUAAAUAUUAAGAUCCAUUGAUUUCUUUUUUUAGUGAUUGUAAUGUUUAAAGCAUUUUUGUAUGAGCAAAAUUAAAGUCUUUAUUAAUAAAACAAA